AAUGGCGACGCGGCUCUGGGCGGCUCAGCCAGUCUUGGGUCUGUAUUCUAAUGGGCCACAUCUUUAUCAGGGAAAUGUUGCUUCUCUGAACUUAAAACUUCUCAUGGAGGGUCCCCAGACUCCGAAGCAGAGAAGGGGCCUGCACUGAGGAGUGGGGAGCUGCCUCUCCCCACCCCCACCCCCGGGCCAGGUAGGGACAGAGGGCUCUCACCGCCCCAGGAGCACCUGACUUCCCGGGCUGACGUGGUGCUGGUCUCCCGGCAAGGGCUGGGCCGGAUGCCUGGGUGGGAGGACGGCCUGGGGCUCAGGCCGCUUUGACCCUCCGAGGCUGCCAUGGGGUUCUGGGCUGGAGCUUGGGGUCUCAGGCUCUAGGAUCCUGGAUUGGGGCUUCCCGCCUCCCCUCACCCCAUCAGGGGUGCCAUGGAGUCCAACCUGCAGGGCCCGUUCCUGCUCAACAAUGCGCCGCUGGCUCAGUUCUCGGAGCUGAAGGCCCCUGUGUGCCAGUACUCCAUGCAGAACUCCUUCUACAAGCUCAGCCCCCCAGGGCUGGGCCCCCAGCUGCCCGCCGGGACCCCCCACGGGAUCACGGACAUCCUCAGCAGGCCUGUGGCCACGCCAAACAGCAGCCUCCUCUCCAGCUACCCCCACGUGGCAGGCUUUGGUGGACUCGGCUCCCAAGGGGUCUACUACGGCCCCCAGGUGGGGAAUUUCUCCAAGGCGGGGAGUGAGUACCCCACCCGGACCCGGAACUGCUGGGCGGACACGGGCCAGAAUUGGCGAGGCGGGCGGCAGUGCGGCAACACCCCAGACCCCUUGAGCGACAGCGUCCACAAGAAAAAGCACACCCGGCCCACCUUCACGGGACACCAGAUCUUUGCCCUGGAGAAGACCUUUGAGCAGACCAAGUACUUGGCUGGCCCUGAGAGGGCGCGACUGGCAUACUCGCUGGGGAUGACCGAGUCGCAGGUCAAGCAAGCUGGAGGUGGGUCUCAUUACUCAGCCGAACCCUCUUGCUCCAGAUCACUGGCUGGUGUGGUUCCAGAACCG